AUGGAGACAUUGGGAGACGCGCUCGCAAGGCGCAGAUCCAAAGUGGAGGUGCCGCAAUGCUGCUUCGACGGCUACGGCCUGGAACAAGUGGGCUCAAAAGGAUCCGCUCCGGAAUCUAGUCCCACUGGACUGGUGGAGGAGUCCAGGACGGAUGCGGAGGUUUCCAAGAUGAACAACGAGGAGGAGGACGAGUACUCCGAGUACUCGGAUGAAUACUCCUCGGAAGGCUCCGAUGAGGAGCAUGUCGAUAUGCCGAGCACCGGGGCAAACAAGGGUGUCCUCAACGACGAGGAUGAGUAUUCAGAUGAAUCUGGAUCUGAGGGCAUGGAGGGCGAGGAAAGUGAAGAAGAGUAUUCUGACGAGUAUUCAGAGGGGGAGUACUCCGAAAUCUCUGCCGAUGAGGCCAGCGCCGCCAAAAAAGAGGCUGAGAAGGAAGAGUCGCGAGAGGGAAACUCCGCCCCUCCGUGUGACACGAACGAAGAGGUCCAAAACACUGCCAAGGACUGUGCACUUGCUGUGCUGGACACUGGCUCGGUGGAGAAAGACGAACGUUCCCCCCAAGGCUCCGGUGAGGAGUGUGUCGACGCGGCGAGCACCGGCGCCAACAAGGAGGUCCUAAAAGAAGAUGAUGAGUACUCGUAUGUGUCCGGAUCCGAGGGUUUGGAGGGCGAGGAAAGUGAAGACGACGAGUACUCGGACGAGGACGAGUGUUCCUCACAACACUCCGUGGCUGAGCACAAUGACGUGAUUGCCAGUGGGGCAGAGGCAGACGAGGCCAGCGGCGCGAAUGAAGAGGCCGAGAAGGAGGAGUUGUUGGACAUGUCAAAGGUACCAGUAUCUACGCCGGAUGGUGGAGACUUCAUGUGUCCAGCCCCUCCGUGUGAUUCACAAGAAUCACAAACACAAGUCGACCAGGACUUGGGCUCGGCGCAGAAAGACGAACAUCCCCUCCAAGCCUCGGGUGAGGAGCAUGUGUCGAGCAUUGACGCCAACAACGCGGCCCCCAACGAAGAGGAUGAGUACUCGGAUGAGUCUGCAUCCGAGGGUUUGGAGGGCGAAGGAGGUGAAGAAGACGAGUACUCGGACGAGGACGAGUGUUCCUCGCAACAUUCCGUGGCUGAGCACAAUGACGUGAUUGCCAGUGGGGCAGAGGCAGAUGAGGCCAGCGGCGCGAAUGAAGAGGCCGAGAAGGAGGAGUUGUUGGACAUGUCAAAGGUACCAGUAUCUACGCCGGAUGGUGGAGACUUCAUGUGUCCAGCCCCUCCGUGUGAUUCACAAGAAUCACAAACACAAGUCGACCAGGACUUGGGCUCGGCGCAGAAAGACGAACAUCCCCUCCAAGCCUCGGGUGAGGAGCAUGUGUCGAGCAUUGACGCCAACAACGCGGCCCCCAACGAAGAGGAUGAGUACUCGGAUGAGUCUGCAUCCGAGGGUUUGGAGGGCGAAGGAGGUGAAGAAGACGAGUACUCGGACGAGGACGAGUGUUCCUCGCAACAUUCCGUGGCUGAGCACAAUGACGUGAUUGCGAGUGGGGCAGAGGCAGAUGAGGCCAGCGGCGCGAAUGAAGAGGCCGAGAAGGAGGAGUUGUUGGACAUGUCAAAGGUACCAGUAUCUACGCCGGAUGGUGGAGACUUCAUGUGUCCAGCCCCUCCGUGUGAUUCACAAGAAUCACAAACACAAGUCGACCAGGACUUGGGCUCGGCGCAGAAAGACGAACAUCCCCUCCAAGCCAUGGGUGAGGAGCAUGUGUCGAGCAUUGACGCCAACAACGGGGCCCCCAACGAAGAGGAUGAGUACUCGGAUGGGUCUGGAUCCGAGUCACAACACUCCGUGGCUGAGUACAAUGAUAUGGUUGCCAGUGAGGCAGAGGCAGAUUCAGAUGCAAACGAGGAGGCUGAGAAGAAGGAGACGCCAGAGAUCGGUUCGAAAACAGACGGUCAAGACCAGGAGCAUCCAGACCCCACGAACCCCGAUCCUGUGUAUCGUUCGCAAGACGAUGUUUGUGAUGCCGAGAUUGAUGAGCAAUCGUCACAACACUCCGUGGCUGAGCACAAUGACGUGAUUACCAGUGAGGCAGACCCCACGAACCCUGUGUGUGAUUCGCAGGAGGAGGUACGUGAUGCCGAGGUUGACGAGCAUUCGUCACACCACUCCACGGCUGAGUACCAUGAGGUGAUGGGAAGCGAGGCAGAGGCAGAUGAGGAGGCCGAGAAGAAGAAGCUGCAAGACCAUACCGCGAACCCGGAUCCUGUGUGUGAUGCGCAGGAGGAGGUACGUGAUGCCGAGAUUGACGAGCAUUCGUCGCAUCAUUCCACGGCUGAGUACCAUGAGGUGAUGGGAAGCGAGGCAGAGGCAGAUGAGGAGGCCGAGAAGAAGAAGCUGCAAGACCAUACCGCGAACCCGGUUCCUGUGUGUGAUGCGCAGGAGGAGGUACGUGAUGCCGAGAUUGACGAGCAUUCGUCGCAUCAUUCCACGGCUGAGUACCAUGAGGUGAUGGGAAGCGAGGCAGAGGCAGAUGAGGAGGCCGAGAAGAAGAAGCUGCAAGACCAUACCGCGAACCCGGAUCCUGUGUGUGAUGCGCAGGAGGAGGUACGUGAUGCCGAGAUUGACGAGCAUUCGUCGCAUCAUUCCAUGGCUGAGUACCAUGAGGUGAUGGGAAGCGAGGCAGAGGCAGAUGAGGAGGCCGAGAAGAAGAAGAAGCUGCAAGACCAUACUGCGAACCCGGAUCCUGUGUGUGAUUCGCAGGAGGAGGUUCGUGAUGCCGAGAUUGACGAGCAUUCGUCGCAUCAUUCCACGGCUGAGUAUCACGAUGUGAUGGGCAGCGAGGCAGUGGCAGACGAGGCCAGUGACCCAAAGGAGGCGCCCGUGGACGUCCCUUCAAUUGUAGAAGGUGAUGCCGCUGAAGCAACAUCAGAAACUUCCCACUCGGUCCAGUCACGCCUACCACAGGUGUUUGACAUUAGCUCCCCGAAAGCUGACGAGCCGGGCGCCGGGGAAGCAAACGAUGAGGUGGCAGCUGCAGCCGGAGAGGACGAUGCCUUUGUGGCUCCCCAGCAAAGCCCUGGCGAGGAGCAUCUCGAUAUGCAGAGCACCGGGGCCAAAAAGCUCCGCGAAGAGGGUGAGGAUUCGGAUGAAUCCGGAUCUCAAGCCGAGGAAAGCGAGGGGGACGACUACUCCGACGAGUGUUCAGAGGACUCGGAAAUCUGUGCAGAUGAGGUCAGCGGUCCGCAUGAAGAGACUCAGAAGGCGGAAUCCGCGGAGAUCCUGUCAAAAGUUGACGUGGCGGACGGCGACGACGAAGGUGCAGACCCCGCGAACCUUGAGCCUCCGACGCUGUCGCAAAGCGCGAGUUUGCCCGAGUUUUUUGACAUCGGCUCUAUGGAUGAUUCAGCACCAGAGGCUGAUGAAGCUGCUGAGCGAAAGGCCGAGGCCACACGGAGUGCGGAGGCCGCAGCUGCGGAGGCCGCAGCCGCGGAAGCAAAAGCUGCGGAGGCAGCAGCUGCAGAGGCAGCUGCUGAGUUGGAGGCAGCGGCUGCGGAGGACGCUGGUUCAGUGGAGGGCCAAGAACCUUCCAAUCCAACAAGUCCUACACUUCCUACCGCGCUCUCAGGGGCAGCUCCCAAAGCAUCUGCAGCGCCGAGUUCUGGCAUUGCCGAGUUCUUCGAAAUCGGCUCAGCAGCUGGCGAAUCAGAGGAAGAUGCUCGCGAGACCGAGAUUACGAGUCCAGUGAGAUCAGCAAAGGAAAUUGGAUGGAGGGUGGUUGAGGAAGAUGACCGUGAGGCCGAGGUUUCCAGCUCGGACACCCCGCAGGAAGUCAUUCGUCCUGAUGAUGAAGUACCGACGGGUGAGAGCGCUCAGCAGGAGGAUUCCUCGACCAUGGAACGCAAGGCGAGUGACCACUACAGUGUAUAUGGGGACCUGUACUUUGAUGAAGACAAUCUGAUCCGGAAUGGCAACCACGUGUUGGUUGGAUACAUCAUGAAGCCAAAGGAGGGUUAUGGCUAUUUGGACACAGCCACGCGAUUCGCCUCCGAAUCGUGUGCAAGCACGCCGGAUGAUUUCGAUUCUUUGGAUGUGCAUGUGUACUACAUCGACCCUGACAGUUUCAAGAUGAAGCUUGCGUAUCCUUUGCCGCUUUUCGGGCGUGACACCAGCAUCACUUGCUCGUUUCUCAACUUGGACAUCCGCCGCAAUCAAUGCACGGAGGCUGCGGAAUACAUUCGGAUCAACGAUUUCUACUUGCCUCCUCGCUUCCUGCGGUUGUAUGACGGGCCUGCCUUGAACAUAGAGGGUGCCUGGCGUGUCUUGGGUCAGCGACGCAUCAAAGUCGCAUACCAGUCAGGCGCAGUGGCAGACAGCGGCAUGAAGUCACAGCUUGGCUUGAAGCCUCGGAGCCACCCUUGCUCCGAGUAUUGGCAGGGCGACAUGCAGAAGUCCCUACUGGGCCCCGCGGACUCGGAGUCGGGCCCGGAGAGCCAGUUCGAGUGCAUCCCUGAGGUUCUCGAGUCCAUGGAGAGAUGCAUGAAGAAGCCCGGCCCUGGCAAGGGCAGCCCUGUGGAAGACGACGAUUCCCUGAUGCUCGACCGUGGCAAAUACCUGGUAUCGCAGUUCAAAGCUUUGUGCAGGAGCUUCGCAGUUCUUGCCGAAAGUUAUGUUGCAGAAAAGGCUGCCACGACAGAUAGUGACCAAUCCCAGUGUGGCUACACCGCUUUCGUUCACGCCACGAUCUCGCAAGUCAUAGCCACCAUGCGCAGCAUGACAGAUUCCAACAUCACCGAGAGCAAGGUAGACGAAGCAGACGACACGGCUGACUUGGAUGACCUCCUUGGCACGAGCGAGCAGCUGGGCCUUCCAAGCAAGGACACGGCCGACGCCGAGGACUCUUUGGACGAGUCGCAGGUCUGCCGGGACGAGGCGAGCUUGAUCAAGAAAGGCCAGCACGUGCUGGUCAAAUUCAGGAUGAAGGCCAACACGGGGUGUGACUAUCUGGCCACUGCCAUGCACUUCGCUGCUGAGUCGACCAAACAUUGCGCUGGGUCCAAUGAUGUCCUGGUGUAUGACAUCGACCCAGGAAGCGAGGAGGUGAAGAUUGCCUACCCGACCACUCUCUUCGACUGCAGCCUGGUCGAUGGUCGCGACACAUUGCGAUCCUUCCUGAACUUGGCGAUCGGCAACACUCAGGGUAUGGAAGAUGUCGAGUUCGGCAAGAUCUACGACUUCUACUUGCCCCCGUCGUUCUUGCGACUACAGGAGAGCCCAUCCGUGAACACGAUGUGGCGCAUCCUUGACAAGGCCAGCAAUGGAGGCCUUGCGGCAGGUGACAUGAAGCCCAAGCUUGGCAUGCAGCCAAAACCUUUCCGUGGGGCUUCCUAUGCAUUGUGGCAAGGAGGCAUUUACACCAAGACAGAGAAGUCGCAGGGCAACCAGGCUUUCAGCCAGAUGAACGAGGGCAUCCCAGAAGUGGUAAUUGCCAUGAGGUCUUGUGUCCAAGCGACUGGUGUGGGCAAGAUGUUCUCUGGCAACAACUACGCUGAUGAUCCGAACGAAAUGAUCGCGCGUGGCAAGUACAUCCUGUCACAGUUUGGGCCUUUCUCCAAAACAUGUGUUUCCUUGGUGGCAGGAUAUGCAGCUGGAGGCAGUGCCCGGCAAACGUUCCCCAAGCAGUUCACGCAUUACCAUCGCGCGGGGCAAGCAGCCACAGGCAGCCCCCAGACCCAACGCGGCUACUCUGCCUUCGUGCACACAAAGAUCUCCCUCGUCAGCAGCACGACGAGCAUCCACGCCGACACCAGUGGCUUCGGCAAGUCGCAGGGUGAUUCCCCCGACGACAUUAUCGCCCUCAUGCUGCAGGACGAUGCUGGUGAACAUACUGACUUGUAUUAUCGGGAGUGGGAGGCUAUGAAGCAGAGAGUUCCCAUCAUUUCGGGGAGCAUGAACAUUCUCCAUCUACCGGCUGUGUUCCAGAACUUGGGCCACUCCAAUGUGAUCCUAACUGUCGUCGGCGGUUUCUUCCGCCACAAGGACGGCCCUGCGUCUGGUGCAAUGGCUUGCCGCCAAGUUGAGGAAGCUUGGAAGGCCUGGAGGUCUGGACAGUAUGGCAACGUCAGCUUGAGUGAUGGUGUGGUUGAGUUCGCCAAGACCCACGAGGAGAUCAAGGGUGCUUUCCUCACUUUCCCGAAGGAUGCAGACGAGAUAUACCCGGGCUGGAAGGAGAAGCUAGGCUGCACGGCUGAGGCGUCUGCACCGUCGGCAAGCUUUGUGAAUGCAAAGAUCUCUACUGCCUCCUCCGCCGCAGCAGCCACGGCGCGCACCACUAUGACUGCCGCGAAGAUGGCCUCGCAAAGUGCAGCGGGUGCAUCAAUGGUCAGCCCAUACACCGGCGGAGUCAAAAGUAUCCAGGCUACCAGCAGCAACACGGCGCGAACCUUGCUGGGAGCAGGAAGCACGCUGCCGGAUGCUGUGCUUCAGGACUGCCAAUCUGAAAUCGCCCGCCUGGUAGGUGUGGCCCUGAAACCCCCGACCUUGAGCAUGCAGCCAGAGCAGGAUUCGCCGAAGAAGGACCUUGACGCCCGCACGGUGUUCCAGAAUAUGCCCCAGGUGCGAGCAAGUCCAAACCCGGGUGCAUCUGCUAUCAUCUGCUGA